UUUAACUGAAUCUUUUUCUGCAUUUAUGUUUAGUUUUUUUGAAUGGUACAAGGUUUUAUAAACGUUUGCGUGAAGCAAAGAAGAGGAAAGAUGGCGUCUACAAAACAAAAAAUGAGCAAAAACAAGGAUGACGCGCCCUAUGAAUUGGAGAGCCAGUUUGUACUCCGACUGCCACCGGAAUAUGCUUCUACUGUACGGAGGGCAGUCCAGUCCGGAAGCGUCAACCUGAAGGACAGGCUCACCAUUGAGUUGCAUGGGGACGGGCGCCAUGGGAUUGUGCGCGUCGACCGUGUCCCGUUAGCUGCCAAGCUGGUGGACUUGCCCUGCACCACAGAGAGCUUAAAAACCAUCGAUAAGAAAACUUUCUAUAAGACUGCAGAUAUUUGUCAGAUGCUUGUGUGCACUGUGGAUGGUGAGCUGUACCCCCCUUUGGAAGAGCCAGCAACAAGUACAGACCCCAGAGCCAACAAGAAGAAGGACAAGGAUCGAGAGAAGAAGUUCAUCUGGAACCAUGGCAUCACUCUCCCAUUGAAGAACGUUAGGAAGAGGCGGUUCAGAAAGACAGCCAAGAAGAAGUACAUUGAGUCCCCAGACGUGGAGAAGGAGGUGAAACGCCUGCUGAGCACAGAUGCUGAAGCUGUCAGCGUCCGCUGGGAAAUCAUUGCAGAAGACGAAACGAAAGAAGCUGACCACCACGGGUCACUCACAGGCUUGGAUAUUUCUUCCCCUGGGAUGUCUGGACACAAGCAGGGCCAUGGCUCCUCAGUCGAACAUGAUGAACUCAGGGAGAUAUUUAAUGACAUCAGUAGCAGCAGCGAAGAUGAAGAUGAGAGGGAUCACCAUGACGAUGAAGACCUAAACAUCAUGGAUACAGAAGAAGAUCUGGAGAGAAGGUUGCAAGGCAAGCUGAACGAGUCGGACGGACCACAGCCAGAGAACGAAGGGACCAACCAGAUAGCCCUGGGGAUCCUGAAGCAGAUUGACAACCUGAAAGACAGGCUGCAGGAGACCCAGGAGCGCCGGAAGCGCCAAGAAGAUCUCAUCAUGAGAGUAGAGAACCUGGCCCUCAAGACCCGUCUCCAAGCUGUGCUGGAUGAGUUCAAGCAGCAGGAAGAGCGGGAGAAGCAGGAGUUGGCCUCUCUUCAGGAGCAGCUGGAAGCCCUUAUGGAGAAGUGAGGCUGAGCCUGAAUCCCGACGGGCAGUACCAG